AUGCCGCUUCAGAAGUCGUACUCUGAGCGUGUCGGGCUGAGCAAGAACCGACAGCCGUGGCAGCGAUCCCACAGCCAUCCCGUCAACCUGCAAACACCAAAGGCGAAACUGCCGCCCGUGUCCGAGACGACCAAGAAUAAACUGAGCAAGUUUCAGUACCAGCCCACCGAUGGCGAGUCCGGAGAGGACCAGCCCGCCGCCAAAGACGGCGAGGCCUCAACGACCACGCCCCUGACGAGACUCAACUGGCGGGAUCUCGUGGAGCCGAGUGCGGCGCCCGAGGAGCGGACCGACACGUCGCCCAAUGACAAGAUCCUCUGGAACAACCGCGAGGACCCUGCCUACAGGGGCAUUCUGUCACCCGUCAUGGCUCGGAAGCGCAAGCGUGCGCGUAGCUCGUCGCCAACGUCGUCGCCGUUGGGAAAUCCCAAUACGCCCGCCGUCAACGUCGAGAAGCUCACCAAAGCUCUAAAGUCACCGCACGCGGACCCGACGCUCGAGCUGUGGGACCGGUACUCGCUCAAGCCCGAGCUCAAGCAUGGCGCUGGCUCCCCGAGUGGCGCCGUGAACCCGGCUCUCGCGCAGCUGAUGAUCUCAUCUUCACCAAAGCCGUCAAGAGAAACGCCUGUGCCACGCCAGGACAGCAACCUGAGGCGAGCCGUCAGCUGCGGCGUGGCCGGGACGAAGAGACGCAAGGUCGAAAAGUCGAAACUGGGGAGUCAGGGCAGCAGCCAGCAGAGAGAGCUCGAGGCGGCUUCUAAGUCUUCACUCGUCACUGCGCUGCUCGAUACCGUCAACGGCAACUGCCAAAGCCCCGCGCAGGAGCACCAGACGCCGGCUGCAUCUCCAUCGCCAAGACGAAGGCCGCGACCAGCUGUCGAGUCCCCAUGUCGGGCAGCCGGCGCACCAGAUCCCGCCUCGUCCGACUACGGUGACGAUGACUUUGAUGACGACACCUUUAUCGAGCUCGAGGCUGUGAUGAAAAGCACCCAAGCAGCCGCAUCAACAGCAGCUCCGGCCAUGGAUACCCUCGUGGCGCCAAAGGGGUCAGUGGAGGCGCCAGCAGACCAGUUUGACGACUCGGACGAUGGCAUCUUUGACGACGGGCCACCCCCCUUGGCCAGGCGAGGACUAACGACGCCGAGGUUCGCCAGGACAAGACCACCAGCAAGUCCGGGAGACGACUUUGGGGACGACUUUGACGGCGACAUCGACUUUGACGCCGUCGAGCUCGCCGCGACGCAAACCGUGCAGCAACACCAGCAGCCCUCAACUAGCCAAAAGGCCAAAACUAUUCAGCGAUACUUAGUGACGAGCGUUUUAGAGGGCGAAUACGUCGACCAGUACGGCAAUGCGCGUCCUGAGAAGAUCCUUAUCAUCCAAGCCGACACGUCCAAAGUAGUCAAGACGGUGCACCUGCGAGGGUCGUGGUUCGACACGCCAGCGCACGCCGAGUCGUACGUGCAUGUCAUCGGCGACUUCUCUCUCAAGGGCCAGUGCAUCAUCGACGAUGCCCAGAAUCUCCUCAUCUUGCACCCAGAUCAGCUGAUUUCGGCCACGGUCGUGGCAGAUUCGUUUGGUUGCAUGCGUCGUGCCGUGCUGCAAGACCGCGUCAAGGCGACGAGCGAAGCCUCUCCGCCUCUUGUGUACGGGACAAUCCUGCACGAGAUCUUCCAAGAAGCCUUACUCGCGAACCAGUGGGACCUCCCGUUCCUGGCGAAACUCAUCGAUCGAAUCACCGAGAAGCAUGUCGAGGAUCUCUACACGAUCAAGGUUGGCAUGCCGUCGGCGCGAGAGCAUCUCCAGUCCAAGAUGACGGAGCUCAGCUACUGGGCAAAGGCAUUUGUGUCGUCACAGCCGCAGGCCGACGCCAUGGUCGAGGACCGCAAUGGCAAAAAGGCCAACAUGGCCGUCACCAAGCUGCUCGACGUCGAAGAGCACGUGUGGUCGCCCAUGUACGGGCUCAAGGGCAAUAUCGACGCCACCGUCGAGGUCACCAUGGUGGAUGGAAAGCAGAAGAGGACGCUCACGGUCCCGUUCGAGGUCAAGACGGGUAAGCACGCCAACAGCAACCACAUGGCGCAGACGGCGCUGUACACCCUGCUCCUGUCGGACCGGUACGACAUCGAGAUCGCUUGCGGUAUCCUGUACUACAUGGAGACGUCCAAGACCAUGCGGAUCCCGGCGGUGCGACACGAGCUGCGGCACAUGAUUAUGCAGCGGAACCAGCUGGCCUGCUACAUCCGAGAGCGAAGUGUCCAGCUGCCGCCCAUGCUCAAGAGCAAGCACAUGUGCGGCAGGUGUUACGCCAAGACGUCGUGCUUCACCUACCACCGACUGGCCGACGACGGAGACGGCGAGUCGAGCGGCAUGGGCGAAAAGUUUGACGAGCUCGUCAAGCACCUCACGCCGACGCACCAGGAGUUCUUCAUCAAGUGGGAGAACCUCUUGACCAAGGAAGAGAAGGAGUCUCAAAAGACCAAGCGAGAGCUCUGGACCAUGACGAGCGUAGAGCGCGAGAAGAAGUCGCGAUGCUUUGCCGACGUCAUCAUUGAGGAGGGGUCUGCAUCUGUCGACACGGACAAUCCCCGUAUCAACCGCUUCCACUACACCUUUGUCAAGCGCGAGCAUCAGGCCGGCUUUUCGUUCCUCGAGUCGGAGCUAGCAGUUGGCGAGCCCAUCGUGGUGUCCGAUGAGGACGGGCAUUUUGCUCUCGCCAUCGGCUACGUGACGGCCGUACGCAGGCAGCGGAUAAGCGUGGCCGUCGACAGGCGACUGCACAACGCUCGCAUUCGGCAGCCUGGCUUCGACGAGGCGGACAACCAGGUCUUUGCUAGCAUCAUGGACGUAGCAGCCGAGGGAGCGCCGGCGGACCAGACCCAGGGCAAGAUCAAGGAGCCGCCGAUCCGGUACCGGCUGGACCAGGACGAGUUUAGCAACGGCAUGGCAACGGUCAGGAACAAUCUCGUGCAGAUGAUGGCGAACGACGUGCCUGCCGCGCCGCGCAUACGGAGCCUGAUUGUCGACCUGGCCGCUCCGCGAUUCAAGACGGCGCCGACGCAGUACACGAUAUCGGACCAGGGCAGCCUCAACGUCGACCAGAAGAGGGCCAUCGAAAAGGUCAUGAGCGCGCAAGACUACGCGCUCGUGCUAGGCAUGCCUGGCACAGGCAAGACCACCACCAUUGCGCACAUUAUCCGCGCCCUCGUGUCUCAGGGCAAGACGGUGCUGCUCACGUCCCACACGCACACUGCCGUCGACAACAUCCUGCUCAAGCUAAAGACGGACAAGAUCCCCGUUCUUCGCUUGGGUGCCCCCGCCAAGGUACACCCGGAAGUGCAGGACUUUGCACAUCUCGCGGGCCAGCCGAAGAAGACAUUUGAGGAGAUCAAGGAGGCCUGGCACGGGACGCCCGUGGUAGCGACGACGUGCCUGGGCAUCAACCACCCCGUGUUCCUCGAGCGGUCGUUUGACUACUGCAUCGUCGACGAGGCGUCGCAGAUCACGCUGCCCAUCUGUGCGGGCCCGAUCCGGAUGGCCAACGCCUUCGUGCUCGUCGGUGACCACAACCAGCUGCCGCCUGUGGUGCGCAACGAGGAGGCGCGGGAGGGCGGCCUCGACGUGAGCCUCUUCAAGCUCCUGUCGGACGCGCACCCGCAGUCGGUGGUCAACCUCGAGCACCAGUACCGCAUGUGCGAGGACAUCAUGACGCUGAGCAACACGCUCAUCUACGGAGGCCGGCUGCGGUGCGGCUACGACGCCCUGCGCCGGCGCAAGCUCGAGGUGCCUCGCAUCAGCGCCCUCAGCCACAUGCACUACGACGCCGCGUCCGCCUCUCUCCCCGGCACGCCGCGAUCCUUUUGCACCGGCCCGGCGCCGACGCGGUGCUGGCUGUACGACCUUGUGGAUAGCGAGGCGCGUGUACGCUUCGUCAAUACGGACACAAUCCGGCCGCUGGUGCGCGAGGAGGCGCAGGGCAAGCGCAUCGUCAACCCGGCCGAGGUGCGCGUCGUGUCGCAGCUCGUCGAGAGCCUCCUCGCCGCGGGCGUCCCCGCCAGCGAGGUGGGCGUCAUGACGCACUACCGCGCGCAGCUCUCGCGCCUGCGCGACCGGCUCAGGGGGCACGCCGGCGUCGAGAUGCACACGACGGACCGCUUCCAGGGCCGUGACAAGGAGGUGGUGGUGCUCAGCCUCGUGCGCAGCAACGAGGCCUGCAACAUCGGCGACCUGCUCAAGGACUGGCGCAGGAUCAACGUCGCCUUCACCCGCGCAAAGACAAAGCUCCUCGUCGUCGGCAGCCUCGGCACUCUCAAGAACAGCGGCAAGGAGAACAUGCUCAGCCAGUUCGUUACGCUCAUGGAGGACCGCGAUUGGAUAUACGACCUGCCGCCCGACGCCCUCGACAGCCACCGCUUCGAGGAGCUGAGCACACCCGCGACAGCGCCGGCCGGUCCGUCGCAGAGGGCAGCGAGGUCUCCAGCGAAGAGGCCGUCGCCGGCCAAGAGGACCACGGCUACGCACGUCGGUUCGCAGGACAAGGAGAACCGCCGCCCGUCGCCCAAGAAGGCGCGCAUCGGGGACAGGGCGCUUCUCAGGGGGAAGCUGAUUACAAGGGACAUACUCAACGAAAUGACAAACGGCGCAUAUUAG